AAGUCCAAACUAUAAAUACAACCCCACUAUCCCGCAGUUUUCCCUCAUCACAUCCCAAACUUCAUCAAAUCAACAAAGAGAGAAAAAAUCAAAAUAAAAAAUGGAAUCGAUGGCCCUAAAUUCAUCUCCUCUUUCUCUCCGCCCUUUCUCCACCACCACCGUCUCUAGCCGUCAUAGGCGGUCGGCGAUCUCAACGAAGAUAUUCGCGGCGAAGAAAGAGGCGCGCGGCCGAGACUCUGGCGGGCGGAUCGUUGAUGAGAGCAUGAUCGUUCUUCGGAAGAGGAUUCACGAGAUGAAGAUGAUCGAGAGGAACUACGAGCCGCCUGCGGACUGGAUGGAGUGGGAGAAACGUUUCUAUACGAGCUACGAUUCGAUGAUUUGCGAGAUCAUGGGAGUGUUGCAGUCUCAGUUGAUGAACACUCGCCCCAGCGUCGCGUUGGGGGUGAUGGCUCUGAUUGCGCUCAGUUUGCCGAUCUCUGCCACCGUGGUUUUCUCUCAAUUGACGGAGAUGGCUAAGGGGAUUUGGACCGGCAUUGAUGCUGUAUUUUGAGAAAUUGAAAUUUCGUAAGUUCUGUAUAUAAACAGAAUUCAGUACUUUGUUGUUAUUUCUACUUCUGGAGAUCCAUGGACUAAUUUUUAAGCCUACAAGAUCUCCAUUUAUUAAGUACAUUUAGAAUUCUAUAUUUAAUGAGAAAAUUAUUUUACAGAACCAUCUAUAUACAAUCUAUAUAUAUAAAUAUGAACAGGAAAU